CUUGUGUAUAUUAUUUGGAAACGGUUGGCCGUCCAUAAAUUCCAACGGCUUUCCGGGAAACUGUCUCAGUCUUCUGAUUACUUCAAGACAACACCUUCCGCUUCCAGAUAGCCAUCCCCAUCCACCUCACUCCAGCAUACCCGUGCUCCCUCAUUGGCUCCUUCUACCACCUCUACCCCUGAUAAAACACCAUGACUAUGACCUGGGUGUCUCAACUAUGCCGGAGCCUUAGGGCUCCCGGCACGGGCAAACGAUACAGGAAUGCCUUGAUUGGAAUCCUGUUCGUUCCGCUGAACCAACUAAUCGUUGUACCUAUACAACUCACCUUCGACAACCACCAGAUAAACCUUCCCGCUUCCAUUAUAGUGAUGCUGUUGGUAUUGACCGUGAUGCUCUUUGCCAACUUCAUCCACGGAGGCACGGGUGAUUGCUACAGCAGACACUUGAAAGGUCCAACCGACUUUCUCGGCCGCCACAUGUCUUUUGGCUUCGUUGCAUCAUUCAUCAUGCUGAGCAAGGAGCACAUCGAGACCGGUACCGAUGUCCCAAAGAUUGCAUGUGCUUUCAUCAUAACCAGCCUCAUCAGCUACAUCGGUUGCUUUCUCUUUGCUAUUGGGAGUUUCCGAAUCGAGGAGUGCCUGAGAAGCCUGCGCAAGCGAGCCAAUGACUUCGACACUGAGGAGAACCAUAAGCCAUCCCCAGGACCAGCGCCGCUCCCUUCUAAAUAUGCAAGUGGUAGACGCAUCUCUCAGGUCUCGCAGCUCACUACGGUCCUCAUGAACAAUGCGUCGUUGUCCUCGCUCGAGACACUCAGCACAGCCCCCGGGGCGAUGGAGUUCCUCGCCAGUACGACACCGCUCUGGAUCUCGCUCUUCCUGCUCUGCAUUAUCGGCCUGCCUGUGUAUUGUGCUGCCGAGUACGACAUGCCCCUUGAGGUCUUUAGUUUCACCAGCUUCUGGAUCAUCACCGUCCUGUUCCAACGCUCGCUCAAGACGUGCAAAACCCUGGAGCUGCGUCCCCGACUCCGGUCUACCUUGGUCAUCCUCUUCAACCCCGUCCUCCUGACCUCCAUGCUCGGUACCGCCUUCUUCUGGAUCAAAGCCGCCAUAACCCAUCGCUCCCUGCGCGAAAUCCUCUCUGCCUUCCGCCGCGAGCGCUCCUGGGCCAGCAUCGUGUCCAAGAUCGCGGCGGACCACAACCCCCAAAUUCACAUUGGUGCGGGCGACCUGGCCCAAGCCCUCCUGGACGCGGGCAUCGUGUCUCUGGGGCUGAAGAUGUUCGAGUAUCGACGGGAGCUGUGGAACAGCUUCACGACCGUCUUCUCAACGUCCAUGGUUUUUGCCACCAUUAACUUAUUCUUAAACGUCAUCUUCGCGCACGCCAUGGGCCUCGCCCAGCCCGAUGCCCUCGCCUUCGCCGCCCGCAACGUCACCAUCGCGCUCGGUGUCCCCGCCGUACAGAACCUGAACGGAAGUACCACGCUCAUGAGCGCGCUCGUCGUGUUCAGUGGCAUGCUAUUCCAGAUGACGGGAGACUUCCUCUUCGCUUGGCUCGGCAUUCGAGAUCGACCCCAACAGCUACAGCAGCCCGCCAUGACCGUCUGCGCAAGCGAUGAGGAAAAAGGGGCGAACGACGAUGCUGCUGCAGCGGGACACGGCAGCAAUUGCAAGGUGGUAGCUGCGGGUAUCGCGGUGGGCAUCAAUGCUGCGGCCAUGGGCACGGCGCACCUGAUUGAGCGGGACUCGAGCGCCACGGCGUACUCAGCGCUGUCCAUGACGAUCUUUGGGGCAAUCACCGUGGCACUUACUGCCGUGCCGGCUAUCGCGGAUUGUUUGAUUUCUUUGGCGUCUCGAUGAAACGUCGUUCAUGU